AUGUUCCCAACGCACAGCCAAGACCUUCCAACUUUCAUAAACAACUUUUGCUCUCCCCCCCCCCCCCUCGCCCGCCGCGCGUCCCUCCGCCCAACGACUGCAGGGGUAGCAUCAGUUGUCGCUCCCGUUGCCGCCGUUGCCGCUCCCGUUAGCAGCACCGUUUUUGUGGGCAACCUGUCGUGGGGCACCACUAGCGAAGACCUCCGGACAUUCAUGGGGUCUCUCGGAGAGGUCGUGUCUGCCGAGGUGCAGAGCCACGCUGACUCGGGCCGCUCAAAGGGGUGGGGAUUGGUGACGUACGCCGACCCAGCGAUCGCCGAGGCGGCCAUUGAGCAGCUCAACAACGCCGACCUAGGGGGGCGGCCCAUCCACAUCCGACUCGACCGCAAAGAGGUGGAGGCUAGCGGUGGCUUCCCUGUGUUCGUGGGCAACCUCCCGUGGUCCACGACUGACGAGGAUCUGCAGCAGAUCUUCGCACCGUACGAGCCGUACGACUGCCACGUGAAGACCAACAUGGCGGGCCGUAGUAGAGGCUUCGGCAUCCUCAGGUUUGCCACCCCGGAGCUAGGCCAGCGAGCCAUCUCCGAGAUGCAAAACUACCAGAUCGACAGCCGUCCCAUCCAGGUCCGUGAGGACCGCGAGAUCGGGGGCGGAGGGGAAGGCGGCGGAGGCGGCGGAGGCGGAGGCCGUCGCGGCCGCGGGAGCAGCGGCGGGGGAGGAGGAGGAGGGGGGGGAGGGGGAGGGGGCGACGGCGGAGGGGGGGGGGGGGGGGAACCCUGCCCCGGCUUUGGGGGGAAACCCCGGGGGGGGGAAAAGGAAGAAAAACUUUUUGGGGGGGGGGGCGGGGACGCGUGCACCGUCUUCGUGGGCAACCUCGCGUGGGGGACUACGGACGACGACCUUCUUGCUACGUUCCAGACUGCGGGGGCCGUGGUUUCGGCGCACGUGCAAAUCGCCCCUUCGGGACGCUCCAAGGGAUGGGGGCUUGUGAAGUACUCCAGCCCCACCGAGACGGAGACCGCGGUGACCGAGCUGAACAACACCAUGCUGCACGAGCGCCGCCUGACGGUGCGGUUGGACAGGAAAUAA